CCCCACCCCCGCCGCGCGAGACAUCGCGAGAAGAGCGCGCUUCCCCCGGUUCUUUUGUGAAAGCUCGCGAGAGAGGCCUCUCUCUCUUUCCCUCUGACUCUGGCCCAGCAAGAUGGUAGGUAGCGAUGCGGCGUGCUCGGCAGAGGCGGUUUUGCGGGGCUUCUCCGGCGCCUCUCCGCGCAGCGUGUGAGGAGGGCGGCUUCUGGCUUGAGGCCUGGGCCGGGGCCUUCCUCCUUCUCCCUCCUUCUGCUUCGUCCUGCAGUCGGAGGGAGGCGGAAAAAGGGAGCCCUUCCUCCUCUGUCCAGAGCCUCGUGGAAUUCCCUGGAGCGGGACGUGGCAGCCGCAUCCCCAGGACUGCGCCCCGUUUUUGUCCCCCCCCCUUUAAUUUCUGCAAAUAAUUCCGAAAUGGGCCACGUGCAUCUCUGCCCGGCGGGGCGGGGGGAGGAAUGUGGGAACCCUGUAUGCAAGAGACGGCUCUUGGACACCCCUUUUGGAAGAGGAAGGUUCCUCACUGCAGAGCACAUGGCCUGUAGAAGCUCUUCUCCAGAGUACAUAGUACUUUUUUUGGGGGGGGGGGAGCAGGGCCUAAUAAUAAUAAUACCCUGCCCAUCUGGCUGGGUUUCCCCAGCCACUCUGGGCUGCUCCCAACAGAAUAUUAAUAGUAAUAAUAAAAAAGCGAUAUAUUCUUCCCGGCUAGAAAGACCACACAGCAGAAGCGUUUUCCUCCCUAUUUUAUUUAAAGUAUUUAUACACUGCCCCCUCAUUGAAAUGCCAAGGCAGUGUACAGUAUAUAAAAUUAAAACAGCAUGGUAGUGUAUUUGUUUCACUUACUCAAAUCUUGUUGCACAGGCUCAAGAUGGCUAAGAGUAUAUUAGUGUAGGGGUGGGCUGACUUCAGUCGGUUGUUUUUUUGUUUUUGCUAGAUCCAGUUUAUAUUAAAUUUGCAAUGCAAGUGUGGCUAUUCAGGACAUUUUAAUUUAAAGCAUAACUGGGCAGUGUUAAAUCUUAAGAGCCUAAGAAGUGCCUUGCUGGAUCUGAUUAGAAUUAGAAUCCCAGCAGCCAAGAGGUACCAGGUUAUCUGCCAGCAACUGGUCAGAGGUCUACCUAUGGAAUAUGAUCUACCUUCUGUCCACCCCUAUAAGCAUAAACAUAAAGAACCAUAUCAAUGCCACAAAAUGUAACAUGCAUUAAAAAAACCCACAGAUAUUUAUAUAUUUAACACUUCUCUUUUUAAGCCUGCUCUUCAGCCUAAAAGCUGCCUAUAGUAGCUUACAAAAAUCAGUAAUGAAACAGCCCCUGCUCUCAAGCUUACAAGUGAAAAAUAUGAUACAAAAGGGAUUAGGAGAGAUAUUGGAAGAAAGCAGAUGUGUUAGUUCUUAGUUACAGAGUUUUUAUAACUAAACAGUUCAUGAAAGGAGGAGCCAAAAAAUUGUGUUCAAACCAUUAGUGGGGAAAGGGGGUUGUGCUUAAAUUGUUUCAUCUGAAGUAGUGUGGUCUGGUAGGGGUUGAUAGCCCUUUUACGUCAAGCAUUGUUGUGUAUGUUGUUCUCAUAUAUAUAUAUUUUACACAAGUCUAAUCUUUUAAGCCUUCCAGACUGAGGAAGACCAGGAAACUGAGGGGUCAUGUUAGCCAUGGCCACGGCCGUAUCGGUAAGUGUAGAGGAUUAUUUACUUUGUUGGUUUGUGCUCAUUCAUGGUUUCAGGAUAUCUUCUGCUUUAUUACUAGACUAAGUCAUGUAGAGGAUAACAUUAGUAGUACUUGUAAGCUUCAUUUUUAAUACUUAGUUAUUUUAAGGUUUGGCUAUUUAUUUCACAACCUUGACUGAAAUAAAACCAGAGUGCAGGGGAAAAUGAUGAUGGUUAUAGUGAGGUUGGGAAAGGCAUGUAAAUACCUAGAAAUUGAAGUUGAAUUCAAGGUUUUAAUCUGUUCUUCAUUUCUAUUAUAGGCAAACACAGGAAGCAUCCUGGAGGCCGUGGUAAUGCUGGGGGUUUGCACCACCACAGAAUUAAUUUUGACAAAUAGUAAGCAUUUUUUGUUCCUUCUCAAGCAUUUGAUUAUAUAAUGCAAAGAACAAACCCAUAAUAGGUACCAAAAUAACCUUUACCACCCUGUAGAUGUUAAUUUUGUUAAAUAUAGGCUGAAGUGUAAUCAUAACCUACUCUUGCUUAGGGCCAUGAGGCAGUCCAUUACACUGUUUCUGGUGGACUUUUGUCCCAGUAAACAAGCGGAGGAUUUCAGGUUUAAUUUUGAAUUAGGUAUGCAAAGCUACUUAUCUAUACCAGAAGUGGCCUGUUUGGUGGGGUGAAGUUGCUACAGUGCUGCAGUUUACCUGGAUAGGGUGACAGUGAGGUUGGGACUGUGUGUGUGUAUGACCAGGAGCACCAGAAUGUGUCCACAGCCCAGACUGCAACCAUGCCAAUGUCGGAAGGGCAGCUCAAACCCAUCACAUGGGCUGCUACUGAUCUACAGCAAUCGAGACUAGAGUCACAUCUAGAUAUUCUCAGUUAUCAUGGUGUGCUAUAGUACUCGAAGAGCAAUAACUGACCUUUAUUCACUGACUGCCCUAUUCAUAGUUCAGUCAGUCACCAGGUUAGUAACAGAAAACUCAUAUCCCAAACUGGGAGGUGUGGGGCCACCAGGAGGAUCGGUAUCAUCAUUCUGCAUGUCUUUGUAAUGCUGAGUCAAUGCUCUGAUUUUCCAAAAGUGUUUGGUGAAUUGCUGGAGUUGCUGCAAGGAAACAAAUAGAACUGUGUGUCUUUGACUGCUUUCAUAUAAAAAGCAAGAGCUUGGAGGACCUCCCAUUGUAGCCACAGUUAAGGCAAAUAUUUAUUGUUGGAUCAAUUACAGCUUUCCCUUUCCUUUAGAACAACAUAUUUUUUUGAAGUUGCUGUAGCUUGUCUUCUGUCACAGAAUAUUUGGGCAUAAAAGUUACCUGUAGUGCAGAACACCCUCCUGGCAAAUUAUAAAUUUAGGGUGGUUUGUGUACAGCGGUGUGUGUAAUGUCAUGUUUUAUGGUACUUUGGGCACCAGGCAGUGAAAUACUGGGACAACUGUGUAAGGACACAGAAAUAGACAGGGUUUUUUCCCAUCUGAUUAGUUUGAUUUUUGCUCUAGUUGAUUACCUGGAACUAAAUAAGUUAUUACUUCGGACAAUAAAUACUCCUUACAACUCUGUAUUUUCUUGUUCUUCACCUCUGUGGACCACAUUAACUCAGUCUGAAAGUGGCUAGGAGACAAUGUCAUUGAGGUGUGUGUGAGGGAAAUAAGCUGGGUACUAGUAGACUAGAUAUACCUUGCAAUGGUUUUAAGCAUAAAAAAACCUGACAAACCUGGCUAGAGAAAUUUAAAUGAAGACAAUUUCUCAUUCAGUAGGCUAUGCAUUUAAUGUUAUAUACUUUGUAUGUUCUCUAGCUAGGUAAUGAUGCACAUGCAUUUCAAAAUGAGUUACACAUUGACUGUAUUCUGCCUGUGAUUUCUUGCCAGUCAUCCUGGUUAUUUUGGAAAAGUUGGUAUGAGACAUUACCACUUGAAGAAAAACCAGCACUUCUGUCCUACAGUGAACCUGGAUAAACUCUGGACACUUGUUAGUGAGCAAACAAGACUCAACUAUGCCAAAAAUCAGGCGGGAUUAGCUCCAGUUAUUGAUGUUGUACGCUCGGUAAGUUUAUUUUGAUAAUAUAAAAUGUGUGUGAAGCUAGUUCAUUUGUGUAGUAUGGUAAGUCCUAAAAGCUGAACUUUUAACACCCCUUACUUGAAAGUAAGGCCCAUUGAAUUCAGUUGGACUAACAUUUGCGUAGACACAGUUAGGAGUGCAGCCUAAUAAGGAUCACAGGGUUGUUUACAGUAUAAAAGCACAAAAUACACAACACAAUAAAAUACCACCCACUAGCUUAAAAGGCUAUAGUUUAAUUAACCAAAGGGGAAUGUUUUUGUCUGGCACCUAAAAUUAUGUAAUGAAGGUGCUAGGUGAGCCACCCUGGAGUGAGUUCUCUUAGGCCAAGAUGAAACUAUUCCAACAAAAAUGUCUCAAAACAAUGUACAAGUUUUCAAGUUCUCCAGAACUCUUCUUCGGGAUAGAUACUAAAUAAAGUUAGGGAGAAUUUGACUGGUGGUAAAGCUGACCAAGUCUGCAUCUGGUGAGUGUCUAGAGUGCAGAUGUUCAAAUGAGGCUUUGUUAGGUGCUGUGCAGGUUUUAGGGUGCAGGAAACACAGUUGCCAAUUGCCUAUCUCUGAAAAUACAAAACCAGCUGUUCCCUAGGUCUGUCUCCCAGAUGUAGACAUAGAUGGCGUUCGCUCCCAUUCUUUCUCUGCCUCAAACUUUGGCGGCUUCUUUACCAUCAAGCCUGAUGAAGAGUUGUGGAGAACUGAAAAGCUUAUGUGCUAUUUUGUAGCAUUUUCAUUGGCCUAAUAAAGCUAUUGUCAUAAUUAGGAUUUCAGUAUAGUUAUACUGUAUAUUUAACACUUGAUUUUGCUCUUAAUAUGUAUGGCCACCCAGUGUUUGUGUUGAGACUGCAUUGUGCACACUGCAUUCUUGACAUUGGCUUUAUUCCUAAGUGCGCUUUGAUCCACUGUAGAAUACUGAUCACGGGGAAGAAAAAUAUACUAAAGAGUUCCUGGUGGGAACAAACGUAGGAUCCAAGUACGUAUACAAACCUUUCAUGGUAUGUGCUCAGGCCGAGAGGACAAAAUGACAUUUCAACAUAGCAUAUUAGUUUUCUGACAACCCUUUCUAGAAUAUCAAAUUGUUCUGUCUGCCAAAGUAUUUUUAAACCAAGAAGACAAAGUGAGAAAAUACUGAAUAUGCAUGGUGACUUAUAUUUUGUAAUUGGUAAAUGUUUGGCAAAACUUUUUCUAAAGGUCAUUUGUUACAAUGUCAUUGUUACAUACAGUACGUUGAAAUAUUUUGCUUUUGAUUUGUAUGGAAAUUGGUUCAGCUGGUAGUGACUGCAAGAGGCUUUGUGUACCUUAUAUUUGGACUUAAGAGUUUUCGCUAAAUCUUCUUAUCUUUCCAGGGUUACUACAAAGUCCUGGGCAAGGGGAAACUGCCCAAACAGCCUGUAAUCGUGAAAGCAAAAUUCUUCAGCAGAAAGGCAGAAGAGAAAAUCAAAGAAGUUGGUGGUGCCUGCGUGUUAGUGGCAUAAAGGAUUUUUCUUUGUAUCCAGACUUCAAUAAACACAAUUUCAGCUGUGUAUUCAUAAGCUUAAAAUUUGAAAAGUAUCUCAUUGCCAAUUCUAAUACUC